UUUGGAAGAAGCAAUCUUUCUUUUAAGAUUCGUCAGCUUCCUUCCCGCUUGACCGUUUCCUGCGCUGCUAAACCUGAGACAGUGGACAAGGUGUGUGCAAUUGUCAAGAAGCAACUCUCUCUUGAUGAUACCAAGAAAGUUGAGGGUGCCACCAAAUUUGUUGAUCUCGGUGCUGAUUCUCUCGACACGGUAAUUCUUUGUCUUUCCUCCAUCCGCUUUAACAACAACCAUUGGUUCCAACUCCUGAUGCAUUAUAUAACCAAUGCCCCUUUGUCAUCUUUGUCGCUUGCAUAUGCUGUGUUCAUUGUAAAAGCAAAACUUUGAAAUAUAUAUAUAUA